AUGUUGUCUUUAAGUCGAGCCGCUAUGUUUGCCUUCGUAGUGGGUGGUGCAUCGACGUUUAUGCAAUUGUGGCGAACCCUUCUCAACGUCUCCACAACAGAAACUCUCGUCGAAUUCGAAAAAGAUACUGAUCAGCUGACUAGCAUCGAGAUGGAAGAGCAUGAGAUGUGGAGUAAGCGUUCAUCGCAACGAGAAUCGACCCAGAUCAGGAAUAACAGCGCUUCCGUUCUUGCCGUCACAUUAACAGCGCUAGCGAUUGUUAUGUGGACUAUUAUUCUAUAG